CUCUACCUCCUCUGAUUCUCCCGAUCCGAUACAGCCAAGGCCAAGGAAGAUGGAUCCCAGAUCGCCGCCGCCGCCGGCCGCCGGCGCCACCGCCGCCCUCGCCCUCGCCCUCGCCCUCGCGCUGCUCCUGGCGAUCGCCUCCGCCGCCCUCGACAUGUCCAUCGUCAGCUACGACCGGGCCCACGGCGACCGGGGGAGGACCGACGACGAGGUGAUGGCGGCCUACGAGAGCUGGCUGGCCAAGCACGGCAAGGCCUACAACGCCCUGGGCGAGAAGGAGAGGCGCUUCCAGGUCUUCAAGGACAACCUCCGGUUCAUCGACGACCACAACAACGCCGCCGACGACGGGAACCGGACCUUCAGGGUCGGCCUCAACCGGUUCGCCGAUCUCACCAACGAGGAGUACCGGUCCAUGUACCUGGGCGCCAAGAUGGAUCGGUCGAGGCGGCGGCUCGGGAAGGCCCGCAGCGAUCGCUACGCCGUGGUCGCCGGGGAGGAGCUGCCGGCGUCGGUCGAUUGGAGGAAGGAAGGCGCCGUUGUCGACGUCAAGGACCAGGGAAGUUGUGGGAGUUGCUGGGCGUUCUCUACCAUUGCUGCUGUGGAGGGGAUAAACAAGAUUGUUACUGGUGAUUUGAUCUCUCUGUCCGAGCAGGAACUUGUGGACUGCGAUACAUCCUACAAUGAAGGAUGUAAUGGCGGGCUCAUGGAUUAUGCCUUCGAAUUCAUUAUCAACAACGGAGGCAUUGAUAGCGAGGAAGAUUAUCCCUAUAGAGCUGUAGAUAGUACUUGUGACCAAUACAGGAAGAACGCAAAGGUCGUGACGAUCGACGAUUAUGAAGAUGUCCCAGAGAAUGAUGAGAAAGCAUUGCAAAAGGCAGUUGCUAAUCAACCAGUGAGUGUGGCCAUAGAAGCAGGAGGCCGGGAAUUCCAGUUUUACGAUUCGGGUGUAUUUACUGGCAAAUGUGGGACAGCUCUGGAUCACGGGGUCACCGCUGUCGGAUAUGGCACAGAAAACGGAGUUGAUUACUGGAUAGUGAAGAACUCAUGGGGUGAUAGCUGGGGAGAGCAAGGCUACAUCAGAAUGGCACGUAAUGUGGUUGGUACCCCCACUGGCAAAUGUGGUAUAGUGAUGGAGGCCUCGUAUCCUGUCAAAAGUGGCCAAAAUCCUCCCAAUCCCGGCCCGUCUCCACCAUCUCCAGUGAAGCCCCCAACUGUCUGCGACAGUUACUACUCUUGUCCCGAGAGCACCACCUGCUGCUGCGUCUAUGAGUAUGCAAACUACUGCUUUGCCUGGGGAUGCUGCCCUCUCGAGGCAGCCACCUGCUGUGAAGACCACUAUAGUUGCUGUCCUCAUGACUUCCCGGUCUGCAAUGUAAACGCAGGCACCUGCCAAAUGAGCAAGAACAAUCCUUUAGGAGUCAAGGCAUUGAAGCGCACUCCUGCUAAAUUUCACUGGGCUUUUGGAAGCGAUGGACAGAAGAGCAGUGCGUGAAAAAAAACUUGGAUCUGGUAUGCUGUGGGUGGAGAUUCUUCAGGGGAAUUGAGAAAAUCGCAGCAACUCAUAUUCUCCUCCUCAUUCUCAUUUAACUGCAGAUCCAGAGAACCCCUUUCUUAAGAUGUUCGUAAAGUAUGUCUAGGCACCGGUUCUGUAAAUAGACUUCUUAUUUUAUGCGGCAUGAGAUACACAGACUUUGCUGCUGCAAGUUUCUGGAACAUCCUCUCUAAAUCCAGGCUUCAUUCAGAAAGGGGUUCUCGAAUAGCUCCCCUAUUUCAAUAGAAUUUGAAUGCUUUGUUUCUCUCCA